AUGCGCUACCUCGAUUACCUGGCGCGAACAGGUGGCAAGCACAGCCAGCUGGAUCGACUUGUAACGCAUUGUCCCGACUUCACACGUCUACAGAGCUGGAAAGCCUCGCCCCCACACUGCCUGACCAGCGAGCGUCACUGCUGCCGUGUGCUGCCCUGGCAUCGGCGCCCGCCCGCAGCGUCUGGCGUCGCCACCGUCGUGGCGUCGGGACGCCGUGGCCAGCCGAGUCGCCGCCCCGCCCCGCCCCCAGCCCGCCCUGCCCCUGCCUCGUCUGGGCCCGAAUCCGUCGGGACGUGACAUUACCCCCGUCAUGCUACGUUUCGCUCCCUCCGUGAGAAAUGGCAUCACAAUGGAACUGUCUCGCUUCGCAGAAUUAUACAUGCACGCCGACUUAUAAAUAGAGCAAUAAGAGGCAGACACAUUCCUUUUUGUCGUGUCUGGCGUGAUACGCCGGUGUUCAAUGUAUAAUUAAUACUCUGGAGUAGAGGUAUGAGUUUGAAGCGAUGAAUGGAAGUGAAUAGGAGCUUCAUUCAACGGAAAAUUGGAUACUAUUACCCUGAGAAACAGCCAUGGAAAUAGUCUGAUCAUAAAGUAACAUCUUCAUAUUUUUUAAUAUUCCUUACUCACACUUUUAAAAGAUUUUAGAAAGCUUAGUAUGUAUAUACUUUAAACACAUUUUAAAAACUACAAUAUAAUAAUGUUUAUGAUAAAUUAUUUCCAUUUAAAUUUCUAAGAAAGAGCCAUUUUCAUACUAUUUAACGAGUUUGUACCCCAAAAACAUAUCCAAUGUUUUCUCUUUUGGAAAGCUAGUAAUUUUUCAUACUACUUGCUAUGUCGACUUACCUUCAUUUACCCUCAAGGCGGUACUGUGAAGCUGACGUCGCCUUCAACAAGCAAUUGCUUCAUUUGAGUUGCGGUGGUAGGUUGUAAAUUGAGUCUUUAACUAUGAUCAAAUAUUGUCCAACUCAGAAGUUUGAUUACUUUUUUACUGUCAGGGAAGUUAAAUAUUUGUGCAACGUUAAGUAUUGUGGGAACUCAUCAUCCUUGAUUCUCCAAAGGCAUGCAAAAGCGUCGUUACUACUAGACAAAUUCGUAAUAUUAUAUUUAAGGAGUUGUGAUACUGACCACUCAAACGUGGAAAUGUAUGGAUUCCAUCAUUUCGCAUUUCUUGAAAUAUUCGUAAACAAUAUUAAUUAAAUCAUUCCUUAAUUUGUAACAAUUAUGUUAGUUUCACUGUCCAUCUCCGCAUAAUUCGCCCUGAGGAAGGUUACAGAAGUGCGGCCGAAACAUUGGCACCCGUGCCUAGGACGCUCUCGGUCAGUCAAGUAGUUACUAGUUAUAACAACUAUAUUACAUCUCCAUCUAAAGCCACAGAAUUGAAAUUCAUUACGCGUUUGAACUUCGCU